AUGACUCGGAAGGACUCCAAGUCCUCCCGCUUUAGCUCGCUAACGGGCUCAAGCACCGAUAGUGGUCGUCGAUCAAAUUCAGUCGAUGACCAGCAAGUGUCGCCUACCUCUACGAGCUUCAACCGCCGUCCGUCCUCCGCCUCGAGCGUAUCGCUGCGUGAUCGCAGGAUGAGCGACCUGGCCAACUAUCGUCAGGAUCUCGCCGUUCUGGAGCCCGCCGGCUCGCGAUCUUCUCGAAACAAUCAUGGCGCCCCGUCGGCUGGUCAUUCUAACCUUGGCCAAGUAGCGCCCUGGGCGACUUCAUCAUCAAGUAACAAUAACAACAACGUCACAUCUCCUAACGUGCCCAUGAGCUUCUAUAAUGAUUCGAGCGACAGCGUUUCGGUCAGUUCCCACGCCUCGCCAAACUUCAACCCCCCCCCGAACUACCGUACCGGUACGAGCUCCGGUCCGAAUUUGAACGUGCCUGAUUCUCCUGAUGCCGGUUAUCCUGAUGAGAGGCGCCCGUCGAUCGCUAGCAUCACGACGCUUAGCAGUCAAGGUUCGAAGAAUAGCUUGGCUCGCGGCGGACUGCGGAAGCUCCAAGGGUUCUUCGGCGAAGAGUUUCCUGGAUCAGACACUAGCCUCCCCCCGGCUGUCCCGCCAAAGGACAACCGGCCGCGGUCCUAUAGCCAUAGCCGGGGGCAUCGGGAUCGCAAUUACUCCAACGCAACUGAUCAUACCCGUGAUGCCUCGCCUUCUUCCUCGAGACCGCGAACUCCCGUACCCGCGCCCGAGGUUGUUCCCUUCCUUUACCAGGAGGCUGAGGAUAUUGCACGAUAUGGCGAGGCGCCGGUUCGCGACAUCUUGACCGGCCCUGACCGGGAUCGAUAUAUGAGUGAAGGCGGCGCAUCUUCGCGAGAGCCCCCGAAAACUGCGUCAUCUUCGAGAUCCGGCCACUCCAUCGUCCACCUCUCUGGUCACCAUCACCGUCACAACAAGAGCAAUGACGACCCACGGGCUCUUCGUCCCUCCAUAACAAGAGAGGAUUCUCUGCAUGCGCCUCGGGACCGCGGUGGUUCGGCGGCUACGUACAGCGGCGCGAGAUCCCGAGCUCAUAGUCCUACACCCCCCGUGAAAGCGGGCUCGUUUGAUGGGCAGACUUCGCCUGUCCACCCACCGAAGCGAAGUCUUCUUGGCCGCCUGCGGAGGAAUAGGGAGAAAGAUGAAGAUGGGAACAAGUUGCGCGAUCUCCCCAAGUCGAGCCGAUCCCUCGCUUCGAAAUCAUCCCGACCCGAACUGAAGAGGACCGAUUCUCCUGCUUCUAAUUAUACUAUCGAAACUUUCGAGCCCCUCGAAUUACGACCGGCGGCCCCCCGCGGUGCGACAUUCAACAACAAAUUCCCUUUCUCUUCCAAAAGGUCGAAAGCUCCCCGAACGUAUGAUGCGACCGACGAGGCGAUCGGCCCUACGGACCAAUACAAAGAUGGAACCGUCUUCUAUCUUGAUACGGACCUGGGCGACAUGGACGGUAUCCUGAACCGACCCGCCGCGGCAUUGACUCCGAUGGAUGAGACCGCCAGCACGAGACAUGAUAGCGAGCAGCUGGAGCCGGGUAUCGUCAACGGCGCCUGGAAUGCCCCUGACAGCUGGGCUGUUCGUCGCAAUACCGAGGACAACUCGUACCACAUUCCGGACGUCGACGAACUAGAGGCCCCGGCGAAGGGUGAGGGUGAUAUGCCGUACUGCAUCCGUAUUUUCAAGGCUGACGGUACCUUUACAACCCUCUCCGUACCGCUCGCAUCCACAGUAUCGGACGUGAUCGAUUCUAUAGGCAAGAAGAUGGGCAUAGGAAGGGAUGGCCUACCCAAUUUCCACAUCAUCUUGCGCAAACGAGAGCUGGUGCGCAUUCUCUCGGCCAUGGAGCGACCGCUGAUACUGCAGAAGCGCCUGCUGCAACAGUUUGGCUACGAGGAUAGGGACAGGCUAGAAGAGGUUGGUCGCGAGGACAAUAGUUACCUCUGUCGGUUCAUGUUCCUCUCUGCCAUGGAGAGCGAGUUCCGGCCCCAAGACUUUGGGCUGGGCCGCAUGCAAAAGUUUAACAACGUCGACCUUUCUGGCCGCAACCUCUUCAACAUUCCUCUAUCGCUCUACCCCAAAUCUGGCGAAAUCGUGUCGCUCAAUCUCUCGAGAAACCUGUCUCUCGAUGUACCCCGAGAUUUCAUCCAGUCGUGUACAAAUCUCAGAGAUAUCAAGUUCAACAACAAUGAGGCACGCAAGCUGCCUCCGAGCUUGAGCCGCGCAUCUAAGCUUACUUACCUCGACGUGUCGAACAAUCGCCUGGAGCAGCUGGACAAUGCCGAACUCGACAACCUUCCCGGCUUGCUCAAGCUGAAUCUCGCCAAUAACCGACUCAAGCGCCUUCCCUCCUACUUUGGCUUGCACAAGUCACUGCGCACUCUCAAUAUUUCCUCUAACUUCCUGGACGUCUUCCCCGACUUCUUGUGCGAGCUGGAGAGCUUGGUGGAUCUCGAUCUCAGCUUCAACUCGAUAGCAAGCCUUCCCGAUGACAUUGGCAAGUUGAAGAACCUAGAACGGUUCGUGAUUACGAACAACAGGCUUUCCAAUGCGCUUCCCGACACCUUUAACGAGCUUCUGAGCCUGCGAGAGCUCGACAUCAAGUAUAAUGCCAUCACCAGCAUCGACAUCAUCUCACAGCUGCCCAAGCUCGAGAUUCUGUCGGCGGAUCAUAAUUCGGUAUCGCGCUUUAUCGGCUCCUUUGAGACGCUGCGAACCCUCAAGCUGAACUCGAACCCGGUUACCAAGUUCGAGAUUAUGCAGCCUGUCUUAACGCUAAAGUCGUUGAACCUAUCGAACGCCCAGCUUGCUAGUAUUGACGAGUCGUUCCAUCACAUUCUCAACCUGGAACGUCUUAUUCUCGAUAAGAACUAUUUCGUGUCCCUCCCGCCGCACAUCGGUAAGCUCACUAGACUCGAGCACUUCAGCAUCGCCCAUAAUACCGUCGGCACCCUCCCGCCGCAGAUUGGAUGCUUGACGGAGCUACGCCAUCUCGACAUCCGCGGCAACAACAUUCGCAAGCUUCCGAUGGAGAUUUGGUGGGCGAACAAGCUUGAGGUUUUAAAUGCCUCAUCCAACGUGCUGGACAACUUCCCCAAGCCUGCUUCGAGAGCACCGCGGUUACCGGGUGAGGAUGGAGGCCCUCCUGGCGCUGGAAGCAAGUAUGGGUCUGUGUCUGGUACUGUCACGACGAAGCCGAGCAUGGAAGACCUUAACGACCCGUCGCGACGGCCUAGUCAGGCAUCGAGCACAUUGUUGAGCGUCGGGCCGUCGCCGGUGCCCGGCGGACCGGACAGGAAGAAUUCCAUGGUGUCUGUUUAUGGCAAAGGUGGCCGGAAAACGUCGGUUGUGUCUCGGUCGACGUCUGCCGGAACCGUGUCGACCGGCAUGCCUUCAAGCGCAAGAAAGGAUUCGAGUUUAUCAACGAGACUUGCGAAUACCUUUGCUGGAUCACUUAGGGCUCUUCACCUGGCGGAUAACCAGCUCGACGACGAUGUCUUCGAUCAGAUUGUCCUGUUGCCAGAGCUUAGGGUCCUGAAUCUAUCUUACAAUGAGAUUGGCGACAUGCCGCAGAGGCUAAUUAAGAGCUGGCCUCAGCUGGUUGAGCUGUAUCUCUCGGGUAACGAGCUGACGACCCUUCCGGCGGAUGACCUCGAAGAAACCAGUCUUCUUCAGGUCCUUCACAUCAACGCCAACAAGUUUACGAACUUGCCUGCGGACAUUUCGAGGGCGAAGAAACUUGCAGUGUUUGACUGCGGAAGCAACUAUCUCAAGUACAACAUUUCCAACGUCCCCUACGACUGGAACUGGAACCUCAACCCCGAACUGAGAUUCCUCAACUUGUCCGGCAACAAGAGGCUGGAGAUCAAGCAGACCGUGAAUCAGCGGGAUCAUUACUCUAUGAACGGCGAACAGUAUGCCGACUUCAACCGCUUGCAAAACUUGCGUGUCCUUGGCCUUAUGGAUGUCACUCUAACCCAACCGCGCAUCCCUGAUCAGAGCGAGGACCGCCGUGUGCGAACCUCGGGAUCGAUGGCUGGACAUCUACCGUAUGGUAUGGCCGAUACUUUGGGUAAGAACGAGCAUUUAUCGACCGUCGAUUUGGUAGUGCCGCGCUUCAAUUCGUCAGACUCGGAAAUGCUGUUGGGCUUGUUCGACGGACAGGCUCUGUCGAAUGGCGGGUCAAAGAUUGCCAAGUUCCUACACGAAAACUUUGGCCGUAUCCUCACGACUGAGUUGAAGUUGCUAAGGACGUGGAUCGGGGAGACACCUGUGGAUGCGCUUCGCCGAGCCUUCUUGUCGCUAAACAAGGACCUCGCCACCAUUGCUACGCAACAUAUUGACGAACGUUCGCGGUCUUUCAAGACCAUGCGCAGUAUGUCGCAGCCGGCGCCUCUUGUUUUGAGCACCGAAGACUUGAACUCGGGUGGUGUGGCGACAAUCCUCUACCUUCAGGGCAUGGAGCUGUAUGUGGCCAACGUUGGCGACGCGCAGGCGAUGCUUAUCACGGAGGGUACACAUAAGAUUCUCACCCGGAAGCACGACCCUGCCGAACCGAGCGAGCGACAACGUAUUCGAGAAGCGGGCGGCUGGGUCUCUAGGCAUGGACUUCUCAAUGACCAGCUCGAGGUUUCGCGAGCCUUCGGAUACGUCAACCUUAUGCCGGCGGUACAGGCUGCACCGCACGUCAGCCACAUCACUAUCCGAGAGCAGGAUGAUAUUAUCCUGCUAGCUACGAGGGAGCUCUGGGAGUACCUGUCCCCCGGUCUCGUCGUCGACGUGACCAGGGCCGAGCGGCGGGACUUGAUGAGGGCUGCCCAGAAGCUCCGAGAUCUUGCCAUCGCCUACGGCGCUACAGGCAAGAUCAUGGUGAUGAUGAUCAGCGUGGCCGAUCUGAAACGACGAGUGGAGAGGUCGCGCGGCCGGCCUAGCAUGCUGUGGCCGUCGGGCCUGCCGGAGGACAUGCAGAUGCAGGCAACCAAGCGGUCCAAGAAGAAGGGCGACGUCCUCGACUCUACGCUACAACGCCUCGAGGCCGAGAUUCCUGCACCUAUCGGCAACGUCUCUAUCGUUUUUACGGACAUCAAGAACUCUACCACGCUAUGGGAGAUGUAUCCCUCGGCUAUGCGCUCAGCCAUCAAGCUGCAUAACGAAGUCAUGCGAAGGCAGCUUCGGCACAUUGGCGGAUACGAGGUCAAGACUGAAGGAGAUGCUUUUAUGGUGUCGUUCCCGACUGCAACGUCGGCCUUAUUGUGGUGUUUUGCCGUGCAGAUGCAGCUUCUCGAAGUCAACUGGCCGGCGGAAGUUGUCAAUUCUCUCUCAGGACAGGCUAUGUUCGACAAGGACGGCAGCCUCAUUUUUAAGGGUCUCUCGGUUCGAAUGGGUAUCCAUUUCGGAGAGACUGUCAGCGAGACCGAUCCGGUGACGCGCCGAAUGGACUACUUCGGUCCCAUGGUCAACAAAGCCUCGCGUAUCUCUGCGGUCGCCGACGGCGGCCAAAUUACCGUCUCAUCAGACUUUAUCUCGGAGAUCCAGCGCUGUCUCGAGAACUACCAAGACACCGACCGGAACGGAUCGGCCAGCACAGAAGAAGACUUCGAAGACGAGACGUUCGCGGCGUCGAUUCGCAAAGACCUCCGCGCCCUCAGCUCGCAGGGCUUCGAGGUCAAGGAAAUGGGUGAGAAGAAGCUCAAGGGCCUCGAAAACCCCGAGGUCGUCUACUCGCUGUACCCGCACGCGCUCGUCGGACGCAUCGAGUACCACCAGAUGCACGAGCGACAAGAGUCGGCGGGCGCCUACGAGAAGCAGCUCACGGCGUCUGUCAUGGGCAGCGCGGGCCCCUUCGCCGUGGAUCCGGAGAUGGUGUGGGAGCUCUGGAGGGUCAGCCUACGGCUCGAGAUGCUGUGCAGCUCGCUCGAAGGCGGGGCGAGCCCGAAGCCGCCGGUGGUGGAUGUCUUGGAGAAGAUGAAGCUUCGUGGUGGGGAUGUGACGGAGGGGUUCUUGAUUCACUUUUUCGAGCACCAAGUGAGCCGAAUCGAGACCUGCGUCAAUACCAUUGCGAUGCGUCACCUUGCUGCAGGUGGCGGCAGGAUCAACAGGCUUCAGGAUCUCCAGGGAUCUUUCCCGAGCGUCCUUGAUAGUCUCAAGGAGCAGCUUCUCGAGCUGCAGGAGUAUAGGGCUAAGUUUGGGCCGCUUAAGAGGCAGAACCGAAGGCCGGACUCUAUUGAGGUGGAAGAAGUUGAUGGUGAAGAUGAAGAUGAGGAUGAGGGAAGCGAUACGGAAUCGGGGUAG